UUGCCAAUUGAGCUACCCUCUGGAGGUUCAAAGGUGCUAUUUGAUUGGAUUCAGAUCUUUGGAUGAGACUCUCUGCAACUCGAACCUUUAUCUCAUGGCGUCGCUGUUAUCCUCCGCCAUUUUCCCCCAUAACUGUUGUCUUCGAAGACAGGCGUUCUCUCCAAUUGGCCCUCCGUUUCCUCUGAACCAUACGAUUACUAGGAAAAAGGAACUAGCGACAGCCGCUCGCAUUAAAAUUGCUUGCCUUUCUUCCAGAAAUCCUUCAAAGGAAUCACCAGACCUGCAUGGUUUUCCAACAGUGCCAUGUAUUUCGACAUUGCUUCAUAAAAUGAAGAAACUUGAGAGUGCAAUUGCUGUGAUCCUCAUUUUUGUCCAAAUCUCAUCUCCAUUACCUUUGGGGGGGUGGAACCCAUGGCUAAUUUCUGCGGCAGAAGCUGUGCUUUAUUCACCUGACACCAAGGUUCCAAGAACUGGAGAACUUGCUUUAAGAAAGGCGAUUCCAGGAAACACAAACAUGAAAGCUAUGCAGGAAUCUCUUGAGGAAAUCUCAUUCCUUCUAAGGAUUCCACAGAGAAAGCCCUAUGGUACAAUGGAAGGAAAUGUGAAGAGAGUUCUGAAGAUUGCAAUGGAUGAGAAGGAAUCCAUCUUGGGUAGUAUACCAAUGGAUCUUAAGGAAAAGGGUUCUGUGCUGUAUGCUUCUCUUAUAGAUGGAAAGGGUGGUUUGCAGAACCUUCUUGAAUCAAUCAAGGAUAAGGACCCAGAUAGAGUAUCAGUUGGUCUUGCAUCUUCACUGGAAACUGUUGCAGAACUUGAGUUGUUACAGGCUCCAGGGUUGUCAUUUUUGUUGCCAGAGCAAUACUUGAAAUACCCGAGGCUUGCUGGUAGAGGAACUGUUGAAUUCACCAUCCAGAAAAGUGAUGGCUCAGCAUUUUAUCCAGCUGCUGGUGGGGAACCAAGAAAUGUUGCCACAAUGCAGGUUGUUCUUGAUGGGUAUUCUGCACCAUUGACAGCAGGGAACUUUGCAAAACUGGUGGUGGAUGGGGCAUAUGAUGGGGUGAAGCUCAACUGUGUGAAUCAAGCAGUUCUCGCAGACAAUGGGCUCGAAAAGAAUAAAGGUUAUGACAUCCCCUUAGAAAUAAUGCCAUCUGGGCAAUUUGAACCGUUGUACAGAACAACACUCAGUGUGCAGGAUGGGGAAUUGCCAAUUCUUCCCCUGUCUGUUUAUGGGGCAGUUGCUAUGGCACACAGUGAAGUCUCAGAGGAGUACUCAUCACCACACCAGUUUUUCUUUUAUCUCUAUGAUAAGAGAAAUGCUGGAUUAGGUGGGUUAUCUUUUGAUGAAGGUCAAUUUUCUGUUUUCGGAUACACAACUGUGGGGAGAGAUGUGCUUUCACAGAUCAAAACUGGAGAUGUGAUCCAAUCAGCAAGACUAGUGGAAGGCCGUGAUCGCCUCAUAUUUCCAGAUGAGAGCUGAUCUUUCUCUCUAAAGUGGGUUGAGUUUCAAUUCUUUUUAUGAUGUUUCUUUUCGGAUGGCAUUGACUUGAUUUUCUAGCGAUAAGUUGUGCUGCCAAGGUUCUGAUCUCUUGCCCAUGUUAUAGUAGUUCAUAGAUUUGUAAA